AUGGGUCGACUUAGAAGCCACUUGAUCGCCCUAUGGGUCUUGUUGGUGUCGGCGCGAGCAAGUGAAACCGAACUGGUCGAGACCAUAAUGGACGAGAGCGGCGUGGACAACAGCCGGGAGUACGGAUACGAGUAUUUAGCGCCAGAACCAUCAGAAGUUAACAUGGUCAAGGUCACUGUUGCUCAGAAGUUUGUGCCGAUACAUAUAUUCAAGAAGAACAAAGAUGACAACAGGCGGCUAGAACUUAGGUUCUUCACCAUUCAGUGUGACUGUCAAACUGAGUCUGGUCAGAUAAGGUCGCUGUGGACCAAAGCUUGUUCAGGACAUGCGCUUAGUGACACAGUCUGCACUCCGUGGAGGCAUGGCGCAUCUAAACUAGUCGUAGUGUUUGUUGGUGAUCCAGAGGAAGUGUCCUGUUGGUGUCAUAUCGGCGACGACGAUCGGGAGCGCAGGCUUGAGCUCACUCUUAGACGAGAAGGGAACACGAUUGGAAGUAUAUCGGCGAGUGGGAGACAAGCAUAG